AUGGGGAACGGGGUUUCGCCAAACAAACCGCACAGCAAUCGUGCUACUGACAUCUAUUGUCAGCCAUAUCUCCCAGCGUCUCUGCCUAUCGGCAAUCCUCAUCCCUUGGGCCCCAGUCUGGAACGCGAGCUGUUCCAACUGAAGCCAGCUUCUUCAUGCCUCUACGUCACCAAAUCGUUGGAUUCCGGUUGGUUCCGAGCACCCCCGGACACCGAAGCUAGUCCAGGUUUCAAUGGCUCAACGGAAAACGUCCCCAUAAACAACUCAGGAUCGGGUCGAUUGAUCAAAUCCGCACACGGUUCAUUUCCACCUCCUGAUUUCAUCACUAGCGCUGACGCAACCACUCCAACUCCCGGAAAUUAUCGACCACUGGAGGAACGUGACCUCGCCACCUUUGUCGGUCUAGCUGGUGGCGAUUUGGAUCGUGGCCGAUCGGAAUCGCGCUCGUCCAUGACCUAUUCCAGGGCAAAUUCCGAUGCACCCUGCUCCUCGUGUGGUAUGUCCUAUCGGAUACUCAAAGAUCACAUCGUGUUCUUGCGCACCCAGUUGCAAGCUCAAUAUAAGGCAGCCGAAGCAGAGGCUCGAAUGCGUCAGUUACACUCGAACGCGAUUGAAUUUUUGCUUCGUGAGGUUCAAGAGCUCAAAGCCUGGAAAGAGAUGAUAUCUCGUCAUCCGUCCCUAGCACCAUGUCCCACAAACAUUCCGGAAAGUCGGUUAGGUGCCCAUUUGCCUGUCACCUCGCUCCCUCGUGGACGCAUCGCAAACGAUGCACCUCCCCCUAGACCACUGUUACCUCUUCCUCGGGAAUCACCACUUCCGCAAUUCACACGUCCCCGCACAUCUGUUUCAGUUCGGGGAGAUAGCCCCGUUUGGCGCAGAUCUCAAGCUGGAAGAAAAUGCAUUUCGUCAACCGGUAAAUCGUUGGAUGAUAAUCGAAUGGCAAGCGGACCCCUAGAUGUGUGCUUUGAUAACACCACACAACUUUUCGCCCGUAUCGAACCGGGCACUUUAUGCUCCCAGUCCACGGGACCGCAGAACGAGAUUGUCAAAGUCUACGCAUCCGACGAAGACGAAACUGACGAACCAAACUACGCAUUGAAUCACCCCGGUCCUAGCACAUCCCCGCAACUGCAACCCGUGAUCGAAUCACGCGGUCCGACAGUUCGGCUCCCGAAUGAUGCCGUGACCGAUCAGUUAAGUGUGGCGUGUUCCACCCAGUCGGAUUCCGGCUGUGUCCAGACAACAGACGAGGCACUACUCGAGAUAGAACUGGUUCGUCAAGCCGCGAUGCAUGCAAUGAACUUGAGCUCCAGUCUAUCGGAUGGUGACAGUGAAACUCCUCGUCGGUUAGUGUCAACUAUCCUUACCGAUUGUGAACCGGCCUCAAUUGUGACCAAUGAGGACACGACCGCAUAG